AUGUCUGCACUAACAGGACCUAUCAACAACUGUCGCAAGAAAUCGGACUUGGAGGCAAUUGCUCUUGUGCUCGAAAUUGACUCUACUGGGACCAUGAAAGUCCUGAUUCCUCACAUCAUCACACAUCUUGAUAAGCAUCCUGAACUGGCCGAAAAUAUCAAGUUUCAAGGAUUGUUUUCUUACCGCCCAGAUUCUACCCCUGCAGAGAAGAAAAUGAAGAGGAGUUCUGAUAAGGUGGCAGAGGAUGAGAUUGAGGCAAAUGUAGCAGUUGGGAAGCCAACAGGAGCUAACAAGACUUUAUUGGACCUUAAAGUCACAACUGAUCCUCCUCCACAAUUCGGAAGACUCGGCACCACUGGGACCGCUGUUCGUGGGGGACCUGUUACUCCUGAUCGUGACAUGGGUGACGACUCGUCUCCUGCUGGUCUUCCAGACUUGGGUAACGGCAGUGACUCUGAUCACAUUGCGGUUCCUUCUGAGAAAGAGAUGGGAGUUACAGUUGCAACAAGCCUCAGUGAAGCCCUCAAACAUUUGAAGGGCACAGAUAUCAGCAGCGGUGUAAAGCCUAACACAACAGUUCCAUUUGUUGUCAAUUUCUUCGACCACACGGACCCCACUAAACCAGCGGAAGAAAUUUGGUUGGAAGAUGGCUUUACAGCUACGUCAAGCAAAGGACAGAUGACCGCUUCGCUCUCACUGCUUCUACCAAAUGUUAUUCAAAAUGCUUCUCCAAUUAAAGAACAUGGUGGCCGCCUUUACAGGCCAGGUCAAGCUGCCGACUCCAGCCAUAUCGCCAUUGCAACCCCUGCUGUACCUGUCACGCAAGCUGAACCAUUGGCUGUGAAAGCCAAACCACUAGAGGUCGCUCGCGAUAUGAAGGAGACAAAGGCUCGCAUCAAGAAUAAUGUUAUCGCGUCUCCUCCUGUCGACGAUGAAUUCAUAGCCUAUUUGCAUGAAUAUUUCAAUCUUGAGGACAUAAGCUGGCCAUGGGCAGAAUCUGUCACCAGCAUUCUUGAUUGGUAUCUCAAGGUUGAAGCCGUCUUUCAGUCGUUAAAGGAGAAAGGCUGGGCAAAGGGGUCUCGAGGCGGGUUUUGUGUUCCAGCAGAUCAUCCUCGCUACGCUACACAGGCGUUCGUGCGCAAUGACAUGUACAAUGCAUUACAGCUUCCAUCAAGUAAGGCACAUGGGGAUGCUAAGUUGUUUUCUCCAGAGUCCCUUCUCAGUGCACCAAAAGCAGCGGCGUGGGUUUUGGAUCCCAAGGGAGAAUACCAAGAAUUCUUUAGCAGGAUGACGCCAGCAAAAUUCAAGCGGUACCUUGAAGAUUGCAAAGAGGACGCAAAGCAUGACUCCACAAAGAAGCGCAAGAAGCAAAUCGCACACCCUGAUGAUAGCGGGGAGGAGGCUGGAGGGCAUAAGUUGAAGAAGGGAAAGGGAAAGGCUAAGCCUCAGGUAGAUUCCGAUAGUUUGGAUGGAUCAGAUGACAUUUUACACCCUCAAUUUCAAUCCAACAACACCUCCAGGAUGGCAGCUUCUGUGAAGGACCUCACUCUGAUACUGGAGCUUUUUUUUCCUGCCGCUCUUUCACUUCUGAGCACACUCUACAUUCUCGCCACAAUCAUAUCUGUCUACCCACUCCUUUUGCUUCACAAAAGUCAGCAACGUGAACCGCGCCAGCCCAGAAACACUGCUUGGUUUAAAAGCCUUGUAGCCAUUAUAGCCUUAGGAUUUCAGGCCGCAACCCACCCAGAACUGGCCCUAUUUGUGAAUAAUGACUUAGAUAUCCCACCUGAACAGCAGCUAGCCAGGAAUAUCGGUCAGGACCUUGAAGCAAUUUAUGAGUUCCUAGGCAUUGAUGACAAUUUUCACAGUGACCCCAUUCAUGAACUCUUUCCCCAAUCAGUGCGACUACUUGAUAGGGACCUCGUGUGGAUUGAAGCCGAUUUAUUUGUUGCCCAUUGUCCUGUCUGCUGUUCGGAUUACUAUCCGGAUAAAAUCACCUUCGCUUGUGAGGGGAAACACCUUCAAAAACUGGAAUAUGAUACAAACUAUCUUCGUGUUUCAAAACACAGAAUUUGGAUGCACCGAAAAGUUGCACUUGCACAGGAGAAAGUGCUCCAUUGGUUUCACGCAGGGUGGUCAAAUUUUGCUGGAUGGCUAAACGAUACAAUCAAGGAAAAGCCUGCCAUUACAAAUUGA